AGUAGAAGUGCACUAAUUAGAACAGUGCUCGCAUGGCGACGAAGCCGAGCGGACAGAGCUACGAGUACGUGUUGUACGGGAGCGUGUCUCCGGCCAACCACGCGGCGCUGCUCCACAGACUCCGCGGGCUCUGCACAGGAGCAACGACAGGCGGGUCUACCUUCACCGACCGUGAAAUCACGUACAAAAUAGAAGCAGGCGCGGCCAGCUCCAAGGUUAAAGUCAGACAGUCUCUUGAUGCACCAGACGCUCCAUGGUUGCUGGUGUACCAUGGUCAGCUGGAGCUGGGGGACAGCAGCAGAGCAGCUGGAGUGAGAACGGUUGUCUCUGCAGCCUGCAGCCACACCCUCACCGACUGCCUCUCUUAUCUGGGGUUCAUGCCCAUAGGAGAGCUGGUACUGAAAGGCCAGGUAUUCAGGAAGGGAGGGGUUAAGGUUUUGGUCUUCACAAUGUAUCAGCCCAGCGAUGUGACAGACCUGGACUCCAUCCAGCCGUUCUCUCAGAACUAUCUUGUGGAGCUGACUGCCUUUGCAUCGUCCAGUCAGGACAGAGCCAUCGACGAACUCAGGAACUUUGCCGAGUACCUCAAACCGUAUCCUACUCUACCAGACGUACUAAAAAUGUCCAAUCCACCACUUUGGAGGGAGAGCGAGUGUGUCUUGGUGGUUGCUGUUACUCUAUAGUCUGAAAGAUUGAAAUACAAAAUUCUCUCGUUGCAACUGCAUUUUCACUAGUGAUUUUACAUUUUUGGUGAAUCAAUCCUGUAUUGUCUCUGUGUCAGAUAUUCUGUUUUCCCUCUCUCGCCCCUCGUCUCUGUCUCAUUUCCUCCCCUCCCUGGCAUUCCCACACACCAUGGUUCCCACACACCAUGGUUCCCAACUCUAAGAAUUCACAUUUGUGGUAACUUGGUGGGUGUCUCAGCCAAGAUUCUCUGUGUACCAACUGAGGCUAGUGGCUAUUGUCUGUCUCAUUACGACCCUAUUCACACUUUCUACCACAGGCUUUCAUACCCCACAUCUCUGCUUACUCCGCAGCGUCACACACCGUCACACCCCAUGGCAUGUUACUCUCAAAGGUUGCAAAUAUAAUUUCACUUGAUAAUGUCUCAUCGUCGCCAUACAACAUCGUCCCACAUACAGUAUACAAAGUUCCAUGUGGAGAAAAAUUUUGUAGACGGAUCUAAAUUUUUGAGUAUUUUUCCACACUUGAAAGUUUCGCCU